AUGAACGCUGGUCCAGAGAAGCAGGAGCCAGGAGGAGAAGCCCCACAACCGAAAACAGGACGAGGUGGCUGCGGCAGCGGCAGCGGGCGAGCAACUGAGGCAGAGGAGAACAAGCCUGACGCUGCCCCUUCUGCCUCUGAUGAGAAGUCUCUAAGCAUUCUGCUUACUGAGGAACUGAAGGAAACAAAGGAGGCAGAGGAAGCUAGUAAGAAAGAAGGGGCCAAGGCAGAGGAAGCGAAGCCCGAAGAAACAGAGGAGGCAAAGGAAGGGGGAAAAAGAUAUAAAACCAGAGUCAGAAUGAUGAAGAAGAAGAAGAAAAAGAAGUUGGAGAUCAAGACCUGCAAAGUUAUAUAAAUUAUGUCAAUGUAAAACCUAAGCUCUUUUUUUUUUUGUUGGUAUUUGGUGAUUCAUCAACCUUUGGUUUUGUCUUUUUAUUUUUCUUUUAAUUUCAUUUUGGGCAUGCA